CCCUGUAGACGCGACCAUGCAACAACCUGUAACCUCGUUUUCCGCCACUAUCGACGAUGUGACGUUUCGUCCCAGGAAUCGUUGCAGCGACCGUAGAAGGCACGAAGCGUUUGCAGUAACAUCGUUACCAGAAACGAGACCGCAAACAAUAAAUGGAAGAGUAGCGGCAAGACAGAGCGUCACGUGAUCAGUGAUCGUGAAGGAUAUCAUCGGGAGAUGGCGCCACCGGCGGCGGGCAAGGCUGGCAUUGUACGGAGGAAAACUUUCCGGUGUGGAGUGAGUGAUACCGAUGCCUUGAUUAUCGGGGUGGCUUGAUACUUACCAACGUAAACGGUCUAUUACAUCGGCGGCUCGGUCUGCGGCGCGGGAUCGAGAAUGCGUUGACGCGGCCAGCCGCAAUCGAUAGCGCAUCGCGCGCGUGAAAUUCCCCUCAGGUGCUAAUGACCAAAAUGGCGUCCCAUGAAGACAACAAAGAUUCCGUGAAGUCUUCUACCGCAGACAAAAUAGAUACAAUUGCACAGUCGAAAACAGAAGAGAAGUCAGCAGUGGUUUCACUAAUUGACGAGAACAAUAAACUGAAUAAUGCUAUCAAAGAGGAGCCGAUAAAUUUAACUGAUGAGAAUACAAGUGUACAAAGAGAUGAUGCUAAUGAUGUACAAAGUGAAAAUAAAUCCGAUUUGAAAUCACAGAAAAUUGAUAAGGGUGUUAAAAAGGAGGCACAGGAUGAUGCCUCAUCAUUACACACUGAAAACUCGAGUGAGGAGAAUGUGAAAAAUGAACAGAGUAAAGACUCUUCAACAAAGGCGGAAUCUAUUUUGAAACGGAAGCAGAAAUCCUUAAGUGCUUCAACGGAAUCUUUAGAAGACACAGGCACCAGGAGCAAGAGAAAAAAAUCGAAAAACGCGAGCGAUCGAUUCUGUUGGAGGUGUCACAAGCAAGGCGUCAACGCUCACUGCACUGCCUGUCCUCGCUCGUGGCAUCGUAAAUGCAUAGGCGGUAUGCCACCGUCCUUGGAGAAGUGGAUAUGCGGGGAAUGCGUGACCAUCCUGAAGGCCGAAAAUGCCGAGACACGUUCCACGGCUAUGGCCCAAUUAUCCGUCGACCAGUUGUGCAUGCUGCUCAAGCACGUGGUCGAGAUACUGCGCGAUUAUCCUGGGUCCGAGCCAUUCUGCAAGCCAGUGGAUCUCGUGGAAGUGUCAACUUAUUUGGAUUACGUUAUCAAGCCGAUGGACCUGAGUCUCUUGGAGUCGAACGUGCGAUCCAAGUUGUACGGUAGCACCGACGCAUUUAUGGCGGACGCAAAGUGGAUCCAACAUAAUUGCAUCGUGUUUAAUACAUGCGGCGGUGUUUAUACUGACACGUUGAAACUGACGACCGCGGCGAAGCAGAUCAUCAAGAUGGCGCGUCAAGAAGUUUCCGAGAUCGAGGCGUGUCCCGACUGCUAUGCGCACGGUCGUAACUUGCCGAGGCCCCAGCCGUCCUGGUUCAUCGAGCCCUGUCGUCGGCCACAUCCACUGGUGUGGGCGAAGCUGAAGGGUUUUCCGUUCUGGCCGGCGAAAGCCAUGCCUCGCCUCAACUCCCAGGGAUACGUGGACGUGCGUUUCUUCGGCGAGCACGAUCGCGCUUGGGUGUCACCGAAGGAUCUCUACUUGUACUCGGAGGAGCCGCCCGCACCAUCACCCCGCAAACGGAAAUCGGACAUGGACGAGUGCGUUCGCGAGAUCACUCGACACUGCAGAAAGCUGGCGCUCAUGUUCGGCCAGUUCAAGUUCGCUCCGCCCAAGGUACAAUACAAUCCAAACGAUCCGACGCAGAUAAAGCUGUUACUACCGAAUUACGAUCCCCUCGAGCCCAACAAGCACUAUCCCGCCGGUGAGCUUUCCACAGCUUCGAAAAAAAAGAUCUCGAGAAAACGGACCCUGUCGAAGUCGGCUCGGUCGAAAUCGCAGAGCGACGAGUCGAUUGAUAAGGCCGAGGUGGUGGACGCGAGUAGUGACAAGAACGAAAAGGAGAGUGGUGCCACAGCGUCAAAAGUACAAAAACUAGGUAACGUUAAGGACAUUUCAAAUUCGCAGGCUAAGCUAGGUGAUAACGAUAGCAAAUUAAGUAAGAACCAAGUUGAGGAUGUAACUAAAGUUGCUCAAACUAAAACCGUAAAGAGUGAUAAAUCGAAGAACACAAAGCUAACGCUUCGAUCAAACGUUUCGAGUACGGGUAACGUCACUGGGAACAGUAGCACAACGGGUCCUAAUAGCGGUGUAAAUAAGGAUACCUUGAAGGAUAGAAAGGAGGAAUCGCCCGUGGAAAAUUCUACGCCUGUGACAUCGGCCGGUGAACAGUCAACGCGAACGCAUAAAAAGACUCUUCUAAAGAAUAUCAUUAAUCCGAAAUUGGCGCUUUCUCAAUUGGAGAACGCGUCGAAGACAGCGGUAAAGAACCAGAAGAACAAUAAUAAGGUGUACAAACCGAAAACGAGGUUGGUUGAUAAGAUGAACGCCGAGAAGGCGUUGAAAUCCAUCUCUGCGAGCAAGGAGAACGAGAAACAGCUGCCGUCGAACUCGGGCGGGGUAGUUCACAAGGUAUCAUUAUUGAAUAGCAACAGGGAAUCGACGAAUGCUCAGAAAGCAAUACCGGAAAUCGACAUAACGCUGUCGCCGCCCUCGUCAACAUCGAGCGCAAAAGUCCAACCCGCUGUGGCAGAUAAAUCUGUAUUUCUCCUCGUGGUGAACAAUGGGAAAACCGAGCUCGUAAAACAAUCCACGCCGGUUAAUUAUCAAGGUAGCCAGAGUGCGCUACCCGUGAAGGAAUCGCAUCAAAAUUCGCUCCUGCGAAAAGAGAAUAAGGCUAAAAAAACCUUUCGCAACAAACCAAAUCCUGAGAUCGUUCAGUGUCCAUUAUCGGACUCCGGCGAAUCUACCGAGAUCUCGCCGACUAAGAAAAACACGUCGUUGAGCUAUGAACUGUUACCUCCGGAGGCAGGACCGAUCAGCGCGCGUUUACAUCACAAUGCGAACGAGCUGGCAAAAAAGAUGGCUCAAUUGAUGGAGGAAGCAUAUAAGGAAGCGGCUAAUGUCAACGGCGAGAAAGGCACGGCCGACAAUCACCAGGCGACUAUAUUUUUCCUGCGCAUGCAGAUUGAGCAUAUGAAGUGGCAGCAUCAACAACAGCUGGCCGAGCUGAAGCACAACAGCGAUCGUACUUUGCGUGAGAUGCGAGCGAGUCUCGAAGCGGAAAAAUUGCGCUCGAUCGAGGAGACGCGCAGGGAAGCCGAGGAAGAGAAACUCCGAUGUAUCGCGGAGACCAAGCGGAAGCAAUGGUGCGCCAGAUGCGGGGAGGAAGCAAGGUUUUUUUGCUGCUGGAACACGGCCUAUUGUGAUUAUCCCUGCCAGCAAUCGCAUUGGCCGACGCACAUGAGGACGUGCUCCCAGCCGCCCGCGUACAGAGUCAGUAAUUCAGGUGGAAAUUCAAACCGAGAGGAGGUGAUGCCGAGACUUCUGUUCUAUUCGAACUCCGACUUAUGAAGGGCCUAGAGUGGAUUGGUGUAAGUCCUGAGCAAUAAUGCCGUGACGCACGACUCUGCUGGCAAGGUGCACACUCGACCGCUCAGCAAGCUGAGUGGGAUUCCACCAUCAUAGUAUAUUUUGCUCUUUCAAAAUAAAGAUCAAGAUUCACUCUAGAUUCACUCUAGAUUCAUAGAUCGCGAUUUAUUUAGGAGACUCGCGAUAUCGUAGAAUAAAGAAGGCUUCAAGUAAACAUGUAUGUACGUAUACAUGUAUGAAUGACAACAAAUUUUGAUAUACUACAAUGAAAUACUUAUAUCUCUUACAACCUGAUAAUGCAAACAUAUGUACAGUUUAUUUCCUUUUCUAAAAUGGACAUAUUCAGUUUUGCAGUGUAAAUAAUAAUGUAAUAAUUGAUGUCUGUACUAUUUAACAUAAACGCUCUCGAUGCAACUAAGUUACAAAAGACUUGAAUGGAUAGAAUACAUUUUAUUAACUUUUUGUAAUAAACGUACGGUGUUCUUUCCUUUAAUUUAAUUACUAAAUGUUAAGUAAUAAUUAAUAAUUUAGUUAUUAGUAUUAGGUUGACCGGAAAGACCGUCUCGAUUUGUUUUUAGCAAAAUUUGACCAUAGUAUUGGGAAUUAAUACAAAAUUUUGCUAAAAAGAAAAUCAAAACGGACUUUCUGAUAAAUCCAGUACAUAGAAAAUGUAUCGAAAAGACUACAAGGAUUAUAAGACAAACUAUGAUUAAGGAAACGUUGAGUAUAUUUAUGAACAUAAGCUGAAUAAUUCUCUUACGAUACAAAAUAAUUAUACAUAUAUUUAACGAUUCAAACAUUAUAAUAAUUUGUUUUGAAGAGUGAUAAUGUUAAGAUGUUUCACAUAGUUGCACAUUGAUUUCGUGUUGUUUUCUACAUACAUUUAAAACGCAAUAAUAAAAUAAAACUUAUUUUUCCAAUGAAAGAUUUUCUGACAUAAAGCAUUUAUAGGGAGGGAAUGAAUCUUCUCUAAAAUAUAAAAGGUAAUACUAAAUACGUUGUUUUUCGUUUUAUAACAACAUUUGGCACGUAUGAAAUUAUAGAUAAUUUGUCAGAAUUAUAUGAAAAUACCAUUCAAGCAUUUAUUAAUAAAAUCAUUAAAUAAAAAA